AGGUUGAUGCCACGUCUAACCUAUCGGUGGAUGGGAUUUAGCGGGGUGCUGUUAUCUUGCGGGAGCGGUCAGCCUAUGGAGGGGAUCGUUACUGCCUUAGGCUGCUGUCGCGCAGUGAUGGAGGGGGGGAUGUGACGGUCUCGGCGUUGCGCUGCCGUUUGAAAUACGGUGCCGGUGGUUGUGUGUCUUUGCUCCAGCGUCGCCUCGCCGUGAAUGUAGUUGGUUCUCAAUCGCUUGUUAUGUGGCCUUUAUUUUUGUCGUUGACUUGAAUGUUAAGCUUGAGUGAAGGAUGGACGCCGACGAUGUGACAAUCAGAGAACAAAACUUUCACAGCCAGGUCCGGGAGUACAUUAUUUGCUUCCUUUUGUUUACCAUUCUAUACACAAUCUCCUACUUCAUUAUCACCAAAUACAAGAGGAAACCAGAUGAUCAUGAGGAUGAAGAUGCCAUUGUGAACAGGAUUUCGUUGUACCUCUGCACGUUUACCCUGGCUGUUUCAGCUGGUGCAGUCUUGUUGUUGCCAUUUUCUAUCAUCAGCAAUGAGAUCCUGCUUUCUUUCCCACAAACGUACUAUAUACAGUGGCUGAAUGGGUCAUUAAUUCACGGUCUGUGGAAUCUUGUAUCGCUUUUCUCCAACCUUUCUUUAUUUGUGCUGAUGCCUUUUGCCUAUUUUUUCUUGGAAUCUGAAGGAUUUGCUGGAUCAAAGAAGGGAAUUAGAGCACGAAUUCUGGAGACUCUAGUCAUGCUUAUUCUUCUUGGACUCCUCAUUUUGGGAAUAGUUUGGGUGGCUUCUGCCUUGAUUAAUAACGAUGCUGCCAGUAUGGAAUCUUUGUAUGAUCUUUGGGAAUUUUAUCUUCCUUAUUUGUAUUCCUGCAUCUCGUUGAUGGGUGGAUUACUACUAUUGUUAUGUACUCCGGUUGGUCUCUCCAGAAUGUUCACAGUAAUGGGACAGUUGCUUGUAAAACCAACAAUUUUAGAGGACCUGGAUGAGCAAAUCUAUUGCAUUGGGCUUCAGGAGGAAGCACUUAUAAGGAGAUUAAAUGGUGCUUAUAUGACGUCCUACUUAAAAUAUAAUUCUGAGGAUCUUGAACUGGAACUGGAUGGUGUAAGAAGCAAGAAGUCAAACCUUGAGCGUCGCAAGAAAGCUUCUGCGUGGGAGAGGAAUUUGGUUUAUCCUGUUGUCAUGCUGAUACUACUAUCUGGAACGGCCAUCUCUGUCCUCUUGGUUGCUUUUAAUAUCCUUGCUCUGUUGGUUGAUGAAACUGCAAUGCCAAAAGGAUCACAGGAACUAGGCCUUGGUAAAGCCUCUCUGUCUGCAUUUGGGUUUGUUGGUGCGGCGAUUGAAAUCAUCCUGAUUUUCUAUCUGAUGGUGUCCUCUGUCGUCGGCUUCUAUAGCCUCCGGUUCUUUGCAGCCCUCGCUCCCACAAAAGAUGACACAACCAUGACAAAGAUUAUUGGAAAUUGUGUUUCGAUAUUGGUUCUUAGCUCAGCAUUACCUGUUAUGUCAAGAACUUUGGGAAUAACCAGAUUUGACCUACUUGGAGACUUUGGAAGGUUCAAUUGGCUUGGCAACUUUUACAUUGUACUCUCCUACAAUCUGUUGUUUGCUGUGGUAACGACUCUGUGCCUGAUCAGAAAAUUUACAUCUGCAGUAAGAGAAGAACUGCUUAAAGCUUUAGGUCUGAAUAAUUUGCAUCUUUCAAGUAGGACACAAGACACAGAGAAGGUCCUGCAUUCUGCAAACGGACAUCAAAAAUCAUUCUGAGAUCAGCAAUUUGGCAACUUUAUGUGUGUGUAGAGGAGGGAGGGGGAAGCAAACAAUUCAGUUGGAUGACAUUCCACUCCACCUAUCUUGAGUCUUAAUGGUCAUUUAUUUUCAGCUGCUAUGAAGAGUCAAAGAAGGGUUCACUAGUGGGAAAAUUCGAACUAGGAAACGCAUAGUAAGUAAAUGUCUGGGACUCCCUGCUUUGCAAUCAGAUUCUGAAUACUACUGAAUAUGCUUUGCUUGGACUGUCAUGCGGCAUUCAGACUAACCACUACAAAUCAUCAGAUUACGAUUUGGGAUCCAUUUGGCUGUGAUUAAAGAUUCUUUUCAGAGUCAACUGGUCAGUUUGUCACUGAAACACUCGUUUAUCUAGGCCCUGGACCACUUCUGGAAAUGUCUUCACUGUAAAUGUGCUGUUUCAGAGAGCUUUGGAAUUCUGGCUGUUACUUGCAUUGAAGUUAUGGAGCUGUUGCCAUUUACUGCUUUUGAACAGAAUCCGAUUUUCAGUUGAGCCAACCUGGACUCUGAUAAUUCUGGUCACAUUCAGAUACUUCGGCUGAAUGAAGUAACCGUUAGCAGAAAAAAAAUCUGUUUAGUUUGUUGCCUAAACUCUUCUAUUGUAUUGUAACAAAUUGGUUUUCCAUCUUCUGUUGUAUAACAAAAAAUUAGCUGGUUGGGUUUACUUGUGAAUAAAACCCCAACAGGAUUAGUAUAGGUAUUAAGUAAAUGCCCUUUUAUGCUAGCAACUGGAAACCUGUGACCUUGCAGUUUCCCAACACAAUCCAGGUGUCAGUUGGUUCUAAUGAACUGAUUCGGGUGCUUUCAGACCUGUCUUGGCAAAUUGGCUGCCCAUGAAGUUUGAACUGAUUGCUGUGAAGAUUCUGCCUGGCUUUUUCAUUCUGGUAUACAGGUCAGCUAGGAAUUCAUAUCCAACUGUUUGAAGUAUUAAUUUUGUGUUUAUAAUUCCCCUAUAUCAAUAAUAAAAUAAUUUAUUGUGUUGCUAUCUUAGAAUAUUCACCUACAGUGUAAUAAGUUUUAAUGCCCUACUGUAUGACAUUAUUAAAUAGUUGUGAUGGAGACGACUUCAGGAGGAGACGUGAAUUUGUUGAGAAUUUGCUAUUUGAAGACAGGUAAAUGGCCAUGAAUUAUGCUGACUAGGGACAAAGUGGAAUGAUCCCAGAUCAAUUGGUUACAAACUGUUUGUUGAAAUUCAUUCCUAAAGCAUUUCCUGUAACCAGUAGAUUCCUGGCUCACUACCAUUUCUGUGUACUGUGGAGCUGAAAGUAGAAAAAAAAAUUGAUUACAUAAAGCCCUUCUAAAUCAUUAUUAUUUAACAUUAACUUCUUUUGAAAUUUAUAAAUAUAAAGUGGUAAUUUAUGAUAGUCUGAUCCUAGUGUGAAAGGAAACCUGAAAGGAAAUCCAGAAAAAGUAAUGUAUAUUACUUAAUUUGCAAAUUUGGGGGUGGGGGGGGGGGUGUUGGGGUGAGGGAAAGGGGAGAGAGGAACGUUCACCAAUAUUUAAAAUCUGACAUACCCAUUUUGUACUUCCACAGAGUAUCCAUUAUAAUGGUGAUUAAUUUGGAAUGAUGCCAGAAAUGUAAAUCGAGUCAUCCCUGAAUUCGCUCCUGUCCACCACCUAUUUCACCAUUCUCCCCACAAGUAUGCACAUUGCCAUGUUGUCUACAUAACAGUAGUAACUGUUCUUAAAAAUAUUGUUGAUUGUAAAGGGAACAGGAUAUAUUGAGGAUGUGAAAAGGUGCUAUAUAACCACAAGUCUAUUUGUUCUCAAUUCUUCAGUAAUUUCACUUGGCAUCCUGUUUAAUAGCAUUUUUUUUAAAUUAAUGCCCACUUAGUGAUUGUAUUUGAGUUGCUUCUCCAAUUUGGUUGUGUUUCAUGUUUCAAGUAAAAAGGAAUUGUUUCAGACUUUGUAUGAAGAGCUGAACACUACUAAAUUUAUGUUGUGAUAUUAAUCGCUGUUACCCAAGCAGAUUAAUUUGAUUGGUGUAGGAAAGUUUUUUGGAAAAUGUUUCAUGUUAUUGUUGGAAAAUAAAUAAUAUUCUUUUGCAUUGUGGGGAAGAAAGGGCAUUUGUCCUGGUCUUUGAAGAUAUUUGAAGAUCCUGAUCACAUUCUGAGUUCUGCAGACCUUGGUUACCUUGUAUCAAGGUUAAAUUCUAGUUCUGUUUACAUUAACUGUGAUCCAUUUUGAUAAACCCAUUUAUGUAGAUUCUAGGCUAAACAUUUAGUUAGGAUAUAAUUUGAGGCAAUAGCUGAAUGAAGGCACUAUUCACCAGUGUUUGAUGAGUUGUCCACAUGAGCAUUGCUUUUAGGGAAAGAACAGGAAGAAUAGAUUGUGAAGUGCAUUUUAUGUUCAUGGGUCUGUGGGAAGUUGAGCCUGGCCUUUUGAAUGAAAUGGGAAAUUUAAAAAUAUCUUCCAUCAUAAUCUUGAAUGAGGGAGCAAAAUAAAGCUCACGUUCGCUGCUUUGGCUAGUUUGCAAGUUUUGAAGACUUUGAAUCACCAACAUGUUGGUGAAUAUUAUUUCAACAUCUUGAGUACCUUGUCAAAUGCUAUUUUUGCCACUUAAAUUGUUUGUGGUCUAAGUAUUGUUUUCUGUAAUACUAAUAGUACAAUAUAUUGCAUAUUCUGAUUUCUGUUUUUCUUCAUUGUCACUCAUUGUUCCUUAACUAUAACACUGGUUAUGUCUAGUCAGUGUGGAGGUGAUAAUUCUUUGCAGAAAAUGCCCAUGAAGCUGUUUCCAGUUUCCAAUGAAGUCACUUAGAUGCAAGUGUGCACAGGUUGGUGACAUUGUCCUUAGCCGAGCCUAAUAAAAUUGCACAAGGAUUACUGCUAUAAUGAAAUUGGAUGUUAUCAAACAUUUUCAGGAUCAUCAGCAGAUGCUGACCUGUAUCCAUCACUUGUUGAAGCAGUUUUAAUGACCUGGCAUGGUGGCGGGGAGUGAAGCCAUGCAUCAAACUCAUAGCAUUUUUGGUUCAAAAUACAAAUAAUUUUAGUGUGAUCCAACUAGAUGCCAAAAUCCAGAUUUGCAGCUAUUAUAGUUUUUCAGCAAAGGUGGAAAUGAAGAAAUGUGGCUUUAGUUUGCGACAGUCUUCGUGACUGAUCUGUCUUAAUAUUUAUAGGAUCUAAGGAUGCUGUUUUCUUGUACCUUUUUAAGAAUAAUCUGUUGCAUGCUAAUAGUAUUCAAAUUCCAUUUGCAUUGAGAAGUUUUACAUUCCUGAGAGAGGAGUAAGAAGCAGUGUUUAAUCCAUUGAAUUUGAGGCACUUUCUAUGUGAGAGGAAUGCAGUAUAUUAGCAGGCACACUAAUUGUAAUUUGUGGGGUGGGUGGGGGAGGUGAUGCUACAAAACCCUAGUAUCAUAGGCAAAGUUAAUGUAGGUAUAUAAGCUAUUAGGUUUGUAUCAUCAGUUCAAGAAGAGUUAAAUGACAGCUGAUCAGUGUGUUUGCAUUCUGUAUCUGUGUGUUGGACAGCAGUGCCCAGCUGGUUUAUGGAGGCUGUCUGCUCUUUAAGAGGAUAUCCACAGAGUUCAUUCUCAGCAAGCGUGAAUUAGAAAAGCCAGUAGUGUGAAUGCACAAAGUGAAGUAAAUACUGCCUAACUGCCAGCAUAUAAUUCUCCUGCAUUAAAAAUAACUAACUUGUGAAUAUGAAAUGAAAAGCAAGUUACAGUAACAAGCAAUUUUUUGAGCUACUUUAGUUUUUUUUUCCCUUUGGUAACAAUGACCUUUGGUUCUGGUGCAGUAACAACGAGAUAGAAGUAAAGGUGCCAGAUUUCUCAGGAGAGGUACCACAACAUUUUGUUUUUGUCACUUGAGUUUUGCCCAGCCUCUGUCCUUGGCAAAUCCCACAUGUUUAGUUUGGCAUUGCUACUGAAUGUUCAUUAGAUUUACUUAAUUGCUUUAUGUACAAUUAUUUACAGUGACCAAAAAUGCCUACACGUGUGGUGUCUUGUGAACCAAUUAUAAAUGUCCCAGCUUCUUAACUAUAAAGGGUUUCUUUAAUGACAAAUUCACUGUGAUUUUUCUUCAUGCCUCUCAAAUCAAUGUUGUUUUAGUGAGUUUUUAUUUUUUGAUCACAUUUUUGUAGCAAUUUUUUUGUGUACAUAUUGAUGGAGUUCAUUAUAGUAAAUUGCAUCUUUAUUGUCUUAUGCACUGUGAUCUGACAUGUAGAAAUAUUUUCCUGUCAUGUUGCAAUUAAAAGGAACUGCAAAAUACAGAUAAUUUUGCUAUGUUUGAGUAAACUUAGAAUGGCCCAUUAUGUGGUGCCAGUAAAAAUUCCUGUUGGUUAAAGGCUAUAGCUGUAACAGCGUGUACAGACAUGUAAUUUAUCUGACACCCAUUCAUAGUUGGAUUACUGGGAAAAUAAAAAUAAAAACAUAUUGUGAGCUUAUUUCAAAUGUAUAUACAAAUCCAACCAGUUCAAAUGUGAGAAACUUUCUGAUAACUAGGCUGUGAAGCAACACUUUAGAUUGUUUCCUCUUGUGAACGAUGUUCGGUGAAGGAUUGCAGUUUGAUGAAUUGGCAGCUGCAUGCUUCUUUUCGAAACCAACUCCAAAGUCAUGAUUACAUCCCUGCAAAGAGUCAUGUUUGUUUAAGUUCAAUGUGUUGAUGCCAUUGCUUGGGAAAAAUGCCUGCUCUGGUUAUUUAAAUAGGAAUUCUACAGUGGUACUGAAAAGGGUGUUGAUUUUUCUGGACAUUUUUAUUUAAGUUUAAAAACAGUGAAAUUUUUUUUAAAGAUUAGGCAGAGUUGAAAAGGAUCGAACUCCAUAAAUAAGCAGUACAUUUUCUUAUUCAUUAUCAAAUUGUGCGAUACUUUGUGAAUGGCAGGCAGUUACUGCUGUAUCAAAUUACAAUAUUUAAUUUUUGUUGGGCACUGAAAUGUAGUUUAGGGGUCUAAAAAAACACCCCACUAAUGUAAGUUACCGUACUGAAUAAGACGAGUUGAAAAUAAAACAGAAGCAGUUAUUUAACGUAUUAGUUGGCUACCGAAGAUGCUGGUUUUAACCUUCUGUGUUAACCUUUAUGUAUUUGAGUCAGGACAGACUGGUGUGAGUUAUUUUCAUCACUUGACUGUAUUUUUGCACAUUGAGGAGUAAACAUCUAUGUUUUCUCAUGAAGUCUAUGUCCCUCUCAUUUAUAUUGUAAGCAGUCAGUUUGGCAGUCAUUUUGCUCAUCAUUCCAAAAACUUGGACAGAUUUUUUUUCUCCCCAAUUUAAAGCCAACACGUUAAAUCUCAUGUUAGAAAGAUAUGGAAGAUCAGUGGCAUAUAAACACACCAGGUUUGAAUGUAGGGCUGCACGGGUGCCCUUAAUUUGACAAGAAAUCACUAACUUAAUUCAUGGAGCAAAGGGAUGACUCUUGCGGGAAGUGGAAAAGUUUUGUGCGUGGUACUGAUGCUGAGGUGUCGAGCUAAAUGUUCUUCAUGCUGUGCUGUGUGAAAGCUACACCAGUCAUAAUGUAGAAUUUUGCUGCCUUUAUUGGGGUUUGUUCAAAAACAUUAUUUUGGUAGCUAUCCAAAAAAUUCUCUAAGGCUUACAAAUUAAUGGUGAAUUAAUAAAGCUCCAUGGUUAUCACUUGCAUGGCUUAGAACUUGCACAUUCUAAAAUUAAUGUUAAUCUAAUAGUUUAAGGAAAAUGGUGACUCAGAUGGAGAUAUCUAAAAACGACACUCCAUCGUAACUGUGAGGGGAAUAAACAACAAACAAAAACUGCCGCAAUGUCAUCUUUUUUUGAAAUAGUAACUGCAUUCUUGUCAUGUUGGUUUACUUAUCAGCAAUUAUUUUGUUUUAACAUUUUUGUUCUGCUGUCAUAUUCUGAGAAUAGCUAUUUCCUAUAACUCACAAAUGCUGCUUGCCCAAUAGUGCCCAUACUAAUGGAACAUUUUUAUAAUUAGAUUUGUUACACAUUGUUCUAAUGCGAACUUGAUUCUUGUGCCGAAUUUAUUGAGGUGUACCUUGCAGAAACGCAACAAGCCAGUAGCUGCCAAUUCAUUAGUUAGGUUAUUAAUUUUGAUAUCUAGGAUGCAGAUCCUGUGUGUUCCAGUUAUUGACAAAUUGCAUGUUAGUAUUGUUUCAUUGUUGGAACUGAGAAUGUAUCAUCAACAUUGUACCUAUAUUACAUUUAUAGUUUAUUUUGUAAAAUUGUUUGUAAUCAAAGCUUACAUUGUGACUCCGGUGUUUACAAUAAAUUUAGUUAACUGUU